AUGAAACGAAAAGUACAGAGAAGCUCCCCCUACAGCGCGCGUGGCAACAACUCGUCAAGAAAGCUGGCCGAAUUCCAGCCUAGAGAAGAGACUGCCUUUUGUCAAGAAAGGUUCCAGCAGUCAUACGUGGUGACGGAUAUAACACGCACGAGUCUUGAGCGACGGAGACCACAGCAGCAAUUCCUCCUCGCCGUCUCCACUGCGCCAAUUUCAACCCUAACCCAACCUACUGCGUGCGGAGAGGAAGAGGGCGGCAAGGCGUGCGCGCGGGGAGGCGAGGGCCAGGAGCGGAGAGGAGAGGAGGGAGGCGCGGCGAUGGACGACAUGCAGGGGCGCGUGGAGGCGAGGCUCAGAGCCGCGCUGCAGCCGCAGGAGCUGGUGGUGAUUGACACGUCAGCAGGCCACUGUGGCACGGCGUUUGACGUGGCGGUGGUGUCGCCACUUUUUGAGGGCAAGAGGUUGCUGGAGCGGCAUCGCAUGGUGAACAGUGCUCUUAGCGACGAGAUGCCGCACAUCCAUGCACUGAGCAUCAAGAAGGCAUGGACUCCCGAGCAGAUGCAGGCCCAGCAGAACAAGUAG